AAUCUUGAAUUUUUGUCAGAAGAGUGUGUAAGUUACUGUGAAUUAAGUGCAUGUUCAUAUAUUUGAUAAGUUUAUUUACUUAAGUGUGUUAGAUUCAGUACAAAGGAGUGUCCCAUUACACAAAGGUCUGGUUGAAAUGUUUACAGGUUCCGUCAAGCCAUGGAUCCUGGUAUAAUUGGGGUGCAUCUUCUCAGUGAUGUGAUAGGAUCGCAGGCUUCGAAUCUGGGUAUUCUACACGGCAUUGAUCCACGUGUCACAACACUGAAGGAUCUCAGGGUAUCUCUGUCUAACCAAUUGUUGUCAUGCCCCACAAAUUACUGCUUCUGCACAAAAGAAGGAUGGAUUAUUUCAGAAGUACAAGAAACAAAUAUUUGUGUUGCCCAGUUACUGAAUCAAAACAACGAAAUCAACUUAAAGAUAAAAUACGAUUUACCAAAAGUUGGAAUUCGAAAUCGACAGCAUGUGAUGAUUGGGUUUGUUCAUGCCUCAUUUACCUCCAAAUUAUCAGGACUAAGGUCCUUGAUAGAACAGCAGAUUUUGUUUUUCAACAAGCCUGCUGUAACAUUCCAAUUCCUCGAUGGUAACCUCUGGCCAAUCAGCCUGCUCCAGGAGGAUCACAUGAUCAUUGCAGACAUUCUGAUUGGACAUUGCGUUACAACUAAUUUGCAUAUGAUCAUCCAGUCACCUCAAAUCUCUCCAACAAAGGAACCACCAUUUAAAAGAAUGAAAAUCAACCCCCAGUUGUCGUUCCGGUCUAGUAAGGACCUCUCGCGGCCAAGCACACUGCCGACGGACAUGACCGACGGGCAGCUAGAGCCCAAACAAGUGCUUAUCAGCUAUGUGCGCUCCGAGGCCGCUAGCCAUGCCCUGAGGUUGAAGGAGUGGCUAUCAAAAAAAGGCCUUAGUGUUUAUCUGGACGUUCAUGAGAUACAGACAGGCGUAGAUUGGCAAGAUUCUCUGAAUUUUGCCGUGAGUGGCUGUGAAGUGUUUGUUCCUUUGGUAACCAAAACGUAUGGCGAGACACAAUGGACCAACAGAGAGAUAAAGCUAGCUGAUGUGUUGGGCAAGUAUAUUCUACCUGUGAGUUUCCUGAAAGAGUGGCCACCAAGGUGUCUUGCCAUUCAGUUUGCCACGACACAGUUCAUACCAUGGAGACCAACAGACCUGAAUCCAGAUAAUGCUGAUGAUGAUAUUCUGAACUGGAAGACAGAAGAUGUCAAACUUGUGUCGGAGAAAAUAGCAAACCGCGUCAGAAAACUUGUGAAUUCCCAAAUGCCGUCACUGUUAAAACGAGGAACAGUAGUUAAAAGUUGUGCAUGCGUAGAAGAGGACAACUUAAUGGCAACCAUAAACGAUCGCGAAGGAAAACCUCUUGUUAUGAUCUGCCUGCAUCCGGAUCAAGUCAGCUUUGCUGAAGAGUUACAGAGCCUUUUAGAGCGGUCGGGCUUGGAGGUCUGGUGUACCACGCAGCUGGAUAAGGCACACCUGGAGUACAUUGACAGCCUUGCCAACAGCCAAGAAGGAAUCACAUACUCCAUCCUCAACAAGUCGGACUGUAAAUCGCACCUGUCAGCUAGUGAAAAGGAUAGGGACCUAAAGAAAGAGGAAAGGGACCUAAAGAAUAAGGAUUGGGAUCUAAAGAAAGAGGAACGGGACCUAACAAAUGAUCAUAUGGACCUAAAGAAAGAUCAUAGGGACCUUAAGAAAGAUCUUAGGGACCGAAAAAAAGAGGAUAUGGAUCUAAAGAAUGAGGAAAGGAACCGAAAGAACAUUUGCAAGUUUCAAGAGAUGGCCGAUGAAGCAAGUGUUGUGUUGUUUAUAUUGUCGGAGGUGUUUGCAGAUUCUAGAGUCUGUCAGCAACAGGUGUUUUACUGUGAGCAUCGGAAGAGGGUCAUUCCGAUCCUUUAUGAAGGCUUCACGAUGCCAGACUGGAUGGCCAUGCUUGUUGGUUCACAUAGAUUGGAGCGUCGCCAAGAUGAAGAUUUUCAGGAAGUCCUCGUCCAGAGAAUUAAAUCUUCAGUCGAUCCAGCUCUUCGAUUGAAGCAAUCAAAAAGUGUCGGUUUUACUCCCAGCCCAAGCGAGUUCCAGAUGUUUCAAUCAAACAGAUCACUGUCCAACAGUUGGGGAUCACCUUGGACUUUCCCUAUCAAAGUGCCAUCACUCCGCCGACAGUCUUCACUUAAGGAGCAGUCUUUUGAAAAUGGGACAAGUAUUAUGCCUGAUGACGUGAUUGUGUAUGGAAAACCUGGUUCUAACAAUAGUAGCAAAAGUGACGAGCGGUCUGAAAAUGGAGAAUCAGUUAAGUAUUCAACUGGUAUUACUCCGACUCUGGAAAAUGGGAUAAGUGCUAGACCUGAAGAAGUGAUUGUUUAUGGAAAACCCGGUUAUUAUAAUAAUAGCAAGAGUGGCUUUGAGGGAGAUUUACUCGAAGGUCAUGGAGAGACAUCGGCAAAUGGAGAAGCAGAAACGAAUCAUGAAAACGGGUUAAUUGCACUGUCCGAAAGAGAGAAUCUGUAUGGAAAACAUAGUUCUUACAAUAAGAGCAAAAUAAGUAUCGAUGUUAAUGUACUGGAAAGUCAAAGGCAGCCAUCGGAAAAUGGAGAAGCAGUAAACAAUUCAAGUGGUAUUACAAAUGCAGGAGUAAAUGGGGAGUCAAAGUCGAAAGAAACUGAUGAAGCUGUGCUUCAGAAUGGACAAACAGCUAUGCAUGCUUCGCCUAAACAGUUGAAACCGAAUCUUGUCACUGCACAAACAAUAAUUUUGUAAAAUGUAAAGGCUAGUAAAUCCUAUUAAAAGUAGGAAGUUACUUACAGGAUACUUGUAUUUAACACUAUUGAGUGUUCUUUUGACACUUAAGGUGUGGUAUUUAUUUAUAUAUUUUUAUGCUUAUUUUUGAAAUCCAUGUUCUUGAUUGAUAAAUAAUGCCUUUUUACUUGAUUUUAUAUUGUAUAUUUUGACGUUUAUUAAUAUUAAUUUUUUUCAAAGUACUUAAAGAACAAAGUACAUUAC